GGAAAUAUAUUUUUGUAAUGAACCUGAUGAGAUAAAACAAAAAGUAUAGAACAGAACGUCUUAAGUUAAAAUUGAGAAGUCGAUAAAAAGUUGUUACCAUCUAACAAAAAGUGAUCAUUACUUAGUAAAAACAAAAACAGGCGCUUUGUGGAAUCUAUGAAUCUAUUCAUAAAUUCAACAGUGUUAACCUAGAAGAAAUUCGUCAUAGCAACAGACUCAUCAAGUAUAAUUUGAGUGUAAGAUCGUCUAAGCUCGACAGUAAUCGACUAAAAAAGUGUGCAGACUGACUUAACUCAAUACUGCGUUGCGCGAUCUGCUAAAAUCAGUUAGAAACACAUUUUCGAAAGAAAAAAAAAAGAGAUCGUGUAUGGUGGUGUUACCUUUACCCUAACCCCGUCUACAAAAUGUCGGGAGACGUACAACCGAGGAAAAGAAAGGACAAGAAAAAAAGAAAAGACGAUGGAGACCAAAUUCCUGAAAAGCUCCACGUUCCUCUUCUUACUAAUAAUAAUUUAAAUAAUGAAGAUGUUAACAUUCACCUUCACAAGGAUGAAGGGACAGGGGGUGGAAUUUGUGCGAAGUUUGUGUUUUUCAUUUUAUUCUCUGCAUUAACUGUACUUAUUGGCCUUAUAAUUACAGAGUAUAGAGGACUGACAGAUCUUGAAACGACAGAUCCGAAUUCUAAAUUUUCUCAGUUAUUUGAAGGCUGGGUUGACUCUAAUAGUCAUGAUGAUCACGAUGAACACGUUUUAGAUGCUAUCGAUGGUGACCAUGUCGAAAAUCACGGUGAAGAUCACAACGAUAUUUCAUACGAAGAAGAUCUUGGCGAUUAUGUAGACGAAGAAGGUAAUGAGGAUCAUUCGGAUGAAGAUGAUCAUGAAGAUGAAGAAUUAGUUGAUGCUAGGAAUCGCAAAGAGCAAGAUGAGAAUAAUGAGGAAUUAGAACCUAUAGAUGACAGUUAUGAAGAUGAAGAACCUGAAGAGGAGGAUAGAGAGGAAAUAGAUGACGAGGAAGAAGAUGAUGAGGAUAUUGAUUCCGUAGAGGAAGCUAAAGAAUUCGUUGCUUCUGAAGAAGAUGAUAUUGAACAAGAUGAGGAUGAGCCUGACGAUAACCAAAAUGAAGAUUAUAAGCAUAAAGAACUGGAUGAUAAUGAACAAAAAGAUUUUAAUGAAAACGAUGAAGAUGACGAUCAAGACAUAGAACAAGAUGAUGAGGACCAAGAAGAUGAUAGACUUGUUUCUGAAGAAAAAUUGGCUGAUGAUAAGGAUAUUGAUAGCAAAGAGGGUGAUCUUGAUCUUCAUCAGGAAGAGGAACUAAAUGAAGAUAUAACUUCCGAUAAAGAUAGCAAAGAAAAAAGUCAAAACAAUAACGAUGUAGAUGAUGAUAACAUAGAUGAAAAAAAAGAGGAAAAUAUACAGCUGAAAUCAAAAACGAAGGAAACUGUUGAACAAGACCAAGAAAAAAUAGAAAAUGGCAGCGUAGAAAGUUCCGGUAUGGCCGUGAAAAUUGGUGUUGGGCUAGCCCUUCUAGUGGUUGCGCAUCUCGUGUUGGUAAAAAAAUGGAGAAACGCUGGUGAUGACACGCUGCCAUUCGAUAAACCACCUCCAGUAAUCCAAGAUCGAAGAAAUACAAUAAUUGUCCCUCGAGCAUUCAAAGAAGUAGAACCAGAUAUGGAGCAGGUUCAAGAAGACUUUUCUGAUGAGGACGAAGGGGAGGAGGAAGAUGACGAGAACAAUAUGGAAGAAAGAUCAGAUGUUAAUUCUACUAAAGCUAAAUAUGAGGAACUUGCGACUGCCUACACACGACCUGUUUUACAAUCAAAUCUCAACAAUGAAGAUAUUCACGGAGACUACGAGUACGACGACGAAGAAGACGAACAAUAUGAAGAGGAAAUCGAAGAAGAAGAGGAAGAAGAAUAUGACAAUGAAGAAGCUGAAGAUGUGGAUGACGAAGAUGAGGAAUUGCUUCAACGACUGGAGGCUCGAUAUGGAAAACUUCAAAAAGAUAAUGACACUAAAUCUACAGAAAACAGAGAUUCUGACUUUGCUCAGAGGUUAGAAGUUGAUGAGUAUGAAUAUACCAAUAUAACAAAUGAAGAUGACUAUAAUAUUAAAGACGACAUUGAUGAGGCACAAAAUUCUGUUGAAAAUGAUACUUCGCAUGCAAUUGUGCUUUUUGAUAAGAUCCUCCAAAAAUUCCCAUUCUCACCUCGAUCUCUCUUCGGAAAAGCAUUGGCAUUAGACAUUCUGGCAGAUAAAAAAAGAAGCAAUGACAUACUAAAGAAAUCUCUUCAUAUUUAUGUACAGUUACUUCAAACAAAAAAAGUACCACCAGCUUUAUAUCAACUAGCUGCAGAGAGAUGUAUAAAUCGAAUGAGAUUUAUAGGACAAUAUAAGAAUACUAUUGCCAUACAUAAACUAAUUAUAAGUAGAUUUCCGAACGACCCGAAACAUUUAAAUAAUUUGGUAGUCACCUAUUUAACUAUUAAUAGGAUAGAAGAUGCAAAAUCUAUAUUGAAACAGAUAUUAAGGAAAUGGCCAGAGAAUGGUUUUGCUUUGGUACAUUAUGGCUUCAUUUUAAAAACUUGGGAUAACGAUUUAGAAAAAGCUGUAGUUUAUCUUAAAAAAGGGAUAAGCACCAAAGAGGAAGGUGUAAUUGAUGGUAGAUUUUAUUUCCAUCUUGGAGAUGCUUUAGUUCGUUUAGGUAAACCCGAGGAAGCCGCUGAGAUUUAUGAAGAAGGAAGAAUAAAUAAAUUAUUUUUAUCUAAAAACCAAAGAUCUUUAUAUAAUGUUCCACACUUAUCGGCCAAACCAUGGUGGAACUCCAAGGAUGUUCCAUCUUACUCAAAAUCCCUCGAUUUAUUAGUAGCUUCAUGGGAACAAAUAAGAAAAGAGGGUUUAUCUAUCUUAAAUGAGAAAGGAUAUUUUAAAGAUGAAUCUGAAAACCUAAAACAUACUGGUGAAUGGAAACAAUUCGAAUUAUAUACAAGAGGGCAAAAAAACAUUAAAAAUUGUAAAAUUUGUCCGAUUACGUGUAGUAUAAUUUAUCAAAUCCCAGAAGCCAGGACUUGUAAAAGAGGACAAACUAAGUUUAGUGUUAUGCAUCCUGGUACACAUAUAUGGCCUCAUUGUGGUCCUACAAACUGUCGACUAAGAGUACAUUUAGGUCUUAAAAUUCCUUCGAAUACUUUUAUAAGAGUGGCAGAUGAUGUCAAAAGUUGGAAAGAAGGUGAAGUACUUAUUUUUGAUGAUAGUUUUGAACAUGAAGUAUGGCAUAAUGGAACAGAUUUUCGUUUGAUUUUAAUUAUGGAUAUAUGGCAUCCAGAACUAACACUGUCUGAAAUAAAUAGUCUUUUACCAAUUUAAUUAUAUGAAUAUCUAGCAUCUUUCAUGGAAUAUUUAUGGGUCUGUGUUUAUUAAACGUUACAUAUUUUUCACAAA